UGGUUAGGUAAGGUUUAAUUCUGAAGCAGCUUUAAAUCCUCGCUACCUGACACGCAGGCAACACACUGCCUGGCUCUAUUCCAUAUUCAUAAUGGCGAGCUUUCAAGCUGUCACUACACCCGCAGCUGCCAUCACAUCGCACCAGGGUUGUGGUAAUGAGAGCUCCACUAAUGGCUCUGGAGGAUGCACCAACGAUGGUGUUGCCAGCUUUAAGGCUGCAGAGACUGUCAUUGAGUUGGCGUCCAUGUUCAAGGAGAAGCCAGAUCCAUCCAAUUUAGUGUUUGGAACAGUGUUUACAGACCACAUGCUUACGAUCGAAUGGUCAGCCAGUGAUGGAUGGCAGAAACCUCAUAUAGGACCAUUUAAGAAUCUGUCAGUGCACCCAGCAUCAUCAGCUCUGCACUAUGCUGUAGAGUUAUUUGAAGGACUGAAGGCUUACCGUGGUGUUGAUAACAACAUUCGGCUUUUCCGACCGUUGAAUAAUAUGGAGAGGAUGCGGAGGUCUGCCUGCAGAGCCGGUUUACCUAGUUUUGAUACACAGGAGUUGCUCGAGUGCAUCAGAAAGCUUGUCGAAAUUGAAAAGGCUUGGGUCCCCCACUCCAGCAGUGCUAGCCUUUACAUUCGGCCUACUUUAAUAGGAACUGAGCCAUCCCUGGGCGUUAAGAAACCUUCCCGAGCCUUGCUGUAUGUGAUCCUCAGUCCUGUGGGGCCUUACUUCUCAACCGGGGGUUUUAGCCCUGUGUCACUAUGGGCUGAUCCAAAAUACACCCGAGCCUGGAGAGGUGGAACAGGAGACUGCAAAAUGGGAGGGAAUUAUGGUGCGUCAAUAUUUGCCCAAUAUGAAGCCAUGGAAGUGGGAUGUCAACAGGUUCUCUGGCUUUAUGGAGACAACCAUCAAAUAACUGAAGUUGGAACCAUGAACCUGUUUCUUUAUUGGAUUAAUGAAAAUGGAGAUGAAGAAUUGGCCACACCACCUUUAGAUGGUGUCAUUCUACCAGGUGUUACCAGACAGAGCAUUAUAGAUAUUGCCCAUAAAUGGGGUGAAUUUAAAGUGACUGAACGCUAUCUGACCAUGGGGGACCUGAUAGCUGCCUUGAAAGAAAACCGAGUGAAAGAGAUGUUCGGAGCAGGAACUGCCUGUGUUGUAUGCCCGGUCGGACGCAUAUUAUACAAGGGAAAUAAUUUGCAUAUCCCAACUAUGGAUAAUGGACCAAAGUUAACUGCAAGAAUACUGAAGCAGCUCACUGACAUCCAAUAUGGCAGAAUUGAGAGUGACUGGACAUACUUGGUGCAGUGAAGAAGAGGAGAAGAUCAAUUUCAGUGAAACACAGUCUGUGUAUACACUUUAUCAUAACACGUUUGUGAUGUUCUCAUAGCAAUACUUACAGUAGCGUAGAUUUAUUGAUAUGAAAUGUAACAACAUUAAUGUGUGCACAAUAUGUUUUUACCUCAAAAAUGAUGGUAGGUACCUUGUGGAUGUGCAAUUGUCCUGCUAUAAAGGCCAUAUGCAAUUAUUUGAUUUAAAUGUUCUGAAAGUGUGCACAUUUUGUUUUGAUACUUUUGCACCAUUAGUUUUGAUUAGGUCUACAGACAGUAACUAGCUGGCACAACAGACUCAUUUACUAUUUUCUUUUUUUUUUUUUUUAGCUCAAAAACUUCCAGCUUCAUCUUUUCACGUCAUAUGAUGAAUUGUUAUAACAAAGUUUUAGGUAUCAGCAUUAUCUGUGUGCCUACGUGUAUAGGCUACAGUAAACAAGUCGUAAGUCUAUAUUUCUACUUUGUAAUUACAUUUUAUUUUGAAAAUCUAGAGCCUGCUUCGGAUGUCAUUAUUUUUAAGUACGCUUUGGGGGAUGGGGGUCUUGAAUCAGUGGUGGAGCAAUAGCAGGCACAGCAGGUGCAGCUGCACACGGGCCCACGGGCCCACUGGAGGGGUUCGAAAGUUAGUUUUUAGUUUUUUUUUUUUUAACAGUGAUAAUAUCCUUUGCGUUUAUAUUUGCAGAUGUUACACAUUUGUAUC